AUGGGAGGCAAAGUUGAUUCAUCCAUCAACAGAGGCAACGCACCGUACAUAUUCAAACUUAGUGGUCAAAAUUAUCAUAGUAUAGGAAGUCUUUUACCUACACCUGGUUCAAGACCGAAAUUCUGCCAGUUAUACAUAUACGAUACAGAGAACGAGAUUUCAAAUAGAUCGACAACUUUUGGUGGUCCGACGAGCAAUUCUACGUUAACUUCAACAUCAUAUGAUCUCCAAAUUAUAGAAUUUUUGAAGGUUAUGUUAGAUUUGAACAAUGCGUUGGUCAAGUCUUAUAGGAUGGUAAGAGACACUUUUCAUGAAAAUCCUUGUGCUAAUUUGAAGUUAAGAUUAAUUAGAAAAAGAGAACAAGAUGGAAGGACCUAUAACUUACCAACUUCUUCUGAGGUUGCAGCUUUAGUUGUCGGUGAUUUUUGUGAUUCAAUUGAAAAAAGAGAUAUCGUUGUUCAAACUUCAUCAGGAUUUUUACAGCGUAUCAGUGAAUUACAUCCUUAUUACCUUGCUCUUCAGUAUCCAUUACUAUUUCCAUAUGGCGAUGAUGGUUAUAGAGCUGAUAUCCUUCAUAGAGGUAUUACAUCUUCAAGUAAUAGCAAGCGCCCAACCUGUACAAUGAGAGAAUUUUUUUCUUAUAGAAUUCAAGACAGGGAUCAAUCGUUCUCACUGAUUCUUAAUGCAAAAAGGUUGUUCCAACAAUUGUUGGUUGAUGGAUAUACCAUGAUUGAAAGUGAGAGGCUAUGUUUCAUACGUAACCAACAAAAAAUUCUUAGAUGUGAGUCUUAUGAGAAUUUGCGUAAUCAUCAAGCACUUGGAAGUACAGAUAUUUCCAACGUCGGACAACGUGUGAUCUUACCUUCUUCAUUUACCGGUGGUGCACGCUAUAUGAUGCAAAACUAUUUGGAUGCCAUGUCGCUCUGUAAAUGGUUUGGAUAUCCUGAUUUUUUCAUAACAUUUACUUGUAAUCCAAAAUGGCCGGAACUUAAAAGGUUCCUUAAGGACACUCCACUUCAUCCAGAAGAUAGACCAGAUAUAUUAUGUAGGUUAUUUAAGAUCAAGUUGGAUGCAUUCAUUAAAGAUUUAAGGGAAAAUGAAAUUUUCGGCAAGGUUCAAGCAGUGGUCAAUACAAUUGAAUUUCAAAAAAGAGGUUUACCUCAUAGUCAUAUAUGUCUCUUUAUGCAUGCUAAAUGCAAGCUUCCAACAGUUGAAGAUAUCAAUCCCAUUAUUUCUGCUAAGAUUCCAAAUAUCGAUGAUGAUCCAGAAUUGUAUUCACUUGUCAAGGAGUUCAUGAUUCAUGGUCCAUGUGGAGCUGAAAAUUUGAAUUGCCCAUGCAUGGUCGACGGAAAGUGUUCUAAAAACUUUCCAAAGCAAUUUUCUGAUCAUACUUCAGUUGAUUCAAAUGGUUUUCCCUUAUACCGGAGAAGAAAUGAUGGGCAUUUUGUAGAAAAAACUGGUGUUCAGUUAGAUAACAGAAAUGUUGUUCCAUACAACAAAUAUCUGUUGAAAAGAUAUCAGGCACACAUUAAUGUUGAAUGGUGCAAUCAGGGAUCUUCCAUAAAGUAUUUGUUUAAAUAUAUAAACAAGGGUCCUGAUAGAGCUACUGUAUCUAUAGUGCCAAGCAAUAAUGAUUCCGAUAACAAUGAUGCAGUGGAUGAAAUUAAAGAAUACUAUGAUUGUAGAUAUAUUUCUGCAUGUGAAGCAUCAUGGCGGAUUUUUAAAUACGAUGUUCAUUAUAGAUAUCGUGCUGUGAUUAGACUACCUUUUCAUCUUCCCAAUCAACAACAAGUUGUAUAUGAGGCAGACGAUGACAUUGGAGAUGUUCUUGACCGAACUUCUAUUGCUUCUUCAAUGUUCACAUCUUGGAUGAAGUGUAAUGAAAUCAGUAAAGAAGCACGAAAACUGACAUAUGUUGAAUUUCCUACAAAGUUUGUUUGGCAUCGUAAAGAUCUUAUUUGGAAGCCAAGGAAAGUUGGAUAUGCAGUUGGUAGAAUUCACUCUGUUUCACCUAAACUCGGAGAAGCAUAUUUCUUAAGAAUUCUUUUAAAUAAAGUGAAAGGUCCUAAAUCAUUUGAAGAAAUUCGCACAGUCAAUGGUGAACUAUGUUCUUCUUUUAAAGAUGCAUGUUAUACUCUUGGCCUUUUAGAUGAUGACAAAGAAUUCAUUGAUGCAAUUAAGGAAGCAAGUAUUUCUGGAUCUGGUUUUUAUCUACUGUUCUUAUUUGCUACGAUGCUAUUAUCCAACAGUUUGUGUAAACCAGAGAUAGUUUGGCAAAACACUUGGGAAUACCUAUCAGAUGGAAUUCUUUACAAUCAACAACAUAGAUUAAAGUCUCCAGGUUUAUCACUAAACGAAGAUCAACUUAAAAACUUGACUUUGUUUGAGAUAGAACAAAUUUUACUCUGUAACAAUUCCAGUCUCAAACACUAUGGAAACAUGCCUUACCCAGAUGCUGAUUCUGUAUCAUCUUCAAACAAUCGUCUUAUUACUGAGGAGCUAGAUUAUGACAUACCAAAUUCAAAGAACGAGUUUGAUGGGUUGUUUGUUGCAUUAACAAACGAGCAACGAGACAUUUUUCUUGAUAUCAUGGAUGCAGUUAAACAUAAUAGGGGAGGUGUAUUCUUUGUUUAUGGUUAUGGUGGAACUGGUAAGACACUUCUUUGGAAAACAAUUUCUACAACAAUUAGAGGUCAAGGUGAGAUUGUUUUAAAUAUUGCUUCAAGUGGGAUAGCUUCAUUAUUAUUGACUGGAGGCAGGACAGCACACUCUUGGUUUAUAAUUCCCAUAAAUCUUACCGAGGAUUCUUUUUGUAGAAUAAAUCCAAUGAGUGAUCUUGCCAGUUUAGUGCGAAAAACCUCAUUGAUCAUUUGGGAUGAAGCACCCAUGGUUCACAAACAUGCAUUCGAAGCUUUAGAUCAAACUCUCAAGGAUAUAUUAAAGUGUGUCAAUCCUAGGAAUUCAAAUAUCCCAUUUGGAGGGAAAGUGAUUGUAUUUGGAGGUGAUUUCAGACAAAUUCUACCUGUUGUUCCAGGUGGCAGUAGACAAAACAUUGUUAAUGCUUCUUUAAGUUCUUCUUAUUUAUGGCAACAAUGCAAAUUUGAUACAAAUUUAUACUCACCUGAUGUUUUAAAUGGUCUUAAAGUCUCAGGUCUGCCAAACCAUAAGCUUAUUUUAAAAAUCGGUGUUCCAGUUAUGUUAUUGAGAAACAUUGAUCAGAAAAACGGCUUAUGUAAUGGGACUAGACUACAGGUUAUAUCUUUGGGCAAACGUGUUAUCGAGGCAGUUAUCUUAACUGGAAGUAAUAUUGGAAACCGGACUUUUAUUCCAAGAAUGUCUUUAACUCCUUCUGAAGACAAGAUCCCUUUCAAAUUCCAAAGAAGACAAUUUCCAUUAGCUGUGUCUUUUGCAAUGACAAUUAAUAAGAGCCAAGGACAGUCUUUAUCGAAAGUUGGUUUGUUUCUAAAGGAUCCUGUUUUUACACAUGGUCAAUUGUACGUUGCUUUAUCCAGAGUUCAAAGUAGACAAGGAUUAAGAUUGUUGAUUUUAGAUAAACACGGUAGACUAACAAAUAAAACAUCAAAUGUUGUGUAUAAAGAAGUUUUUAGAAAUUUGUAA